AUGGCAAGCAAGUACACCUUGAAGGUCAAGAACCAUCUGGGUGGAGAUCAGAGUGAUGUGACGCGCCCAUUCUAUACCAAAACGACCGACACAGAGGGGUGGCACCUGGUGGUGACGGAAGAUUUAGGACGCUUGAGGUGGAUUUAUGUUCAUGACAAGGAAGAGCGCAAGAGUAGGUCUCAAGAUGCGACAACCAAAUUCUUCCUCGAUCGUCCAAGGGGCAUUCUCGACUCGGGCGCUGCCAAAACGGCCUCCGAGGCCAUCUACAAAGGGAUCCAAUUUCAAACCAACAUUCAGGUCCGCGGCUUGGGAUGCUGGGCGGCCGACCUGAGUUGUAUCUUUUUCGUGACCCCGAUGUUGAUCAUCGCCUGGUACAUCACCGGCGCCGAGAUCGAUGAAGCCUACAUGAUCGAAUUGGUCCGCUUUAUGUUCAAGCUCCAAAACCCCGAGGACGGCGGCUGGCCGACGUAUUUGCACGAGGAAUCUUCGUUGAUGGGCACAACAUUGGUCUACAUUGCACUGCGGCUCAUGGGAGUCCCUGCUGAUGAUGAGCACCUUCGCAGAGGCCGGUCGUACUAUGUCCGCCAAGGAGGAGCGGUCUAUCUGCCGGGCUGGGCCAAGUUCUGGCUUGCGCUUCUGGGUCUCUACGACUGGGAAGGCACCGAUCCUUACCCAGUGGAGGUGUGGCUCCUGCCAAAGUGGCUUCCUCUCAGUCCAUGGAAAUGGUUCGUCAUCUCAAGACAAGUCGGUCUCCCCAUGUCGUACCUCUCAUCCCGAAGGUUUACCCUGCCGACCAACGAUCUCUUGGAUGAGAUUCGGACGGAAUUGUUUCCAGAAGACUUUUCCUCUGUCAAUUUUGCCGCAUUCGAAGGGGUAGUGAACCCGUUCAAGCGGCAUCAGGCAAAAGGUUGGGUAAUGCGGACUCUGAAUUGGACACUUGCCAACGUUUGGUACCCGUGGAUUUGCCCCAGUAAGCUGAAGGAAAAAGGGGAACAAGAAGCGUGGGAAAUCCUCCAGCAUUCAGAGCGGGCCAGCACCUCGACCGGGAUCAUAAGUCUCGAGGCCUGGUUGAAUAUGAUUGCCUUUUACUGCGCCGAGGGUUCCGGAUCUCCUGGUCUCAAGCGCAUACAAGAAGUGAGCUUAGAGUAUUUGUGGAUGAGCUCUUCGGGAAUGCAGUCCAUGAGUAUCCACGGGGGCCAUGGUUGGGACACAUCUUUGGCGCUGCAGACGCUCGUGUAUACGGGUCUUGCCAAUCAUCCUGGCUUUGAAGAUAAUGCCAUACAAGCCUAUGAAUUCCUGAUACAGCAGCAGCUUGUGGAAGAUUGGAAUGAUUCCCCCCCUUGCCAUCGCCCAAGUCGCCUCGGGGCCUGGUCGUUUACCACCCAUUACCAUGGCUUCCCCUGUUCCGACUGCACAGGUGAGUCACUGAAGGCCAUCCUGAUGCUCGAAAGCGAGACGAAUCUGAGACGGAUGAGUGAGAAAAAUUAUCGCUUGGCGGUGGACAACCUACUGCUGAUCCAAAAUCCCAGCGGGGGCUAUAGCAGUUUCGAGCCUAUUGGUGCCGGUCCCUGGCUUGAGCACCUCAAUGGGACCGAAAUGUUUGGCCCAGUAAUGACAGAACACGACUACGUGGAAUGCACCUCCUCAUGUAUCACGGCGCUGGCGUUGUUUAGGGCUCGGAACAGCCAGUAUCGGUCCGAGGAGAUCGAUACUGCCAUUGAGCGAGGGGUGAAGUUUGUGGAGACCAGUCAGCAGGCAGACGGUAGCUGGAUGGCUUCUUGGGGAAUUACGUUUACAUAUGGCGCUUUCUUUGCCAUGGAAGCCUUGCAUUGUGGCGGACGCACAUAUGAAAAUUCGUCCGUGGUCAGAGCGGGCUGUCGCUUUCUCCUUGACAUGCAGGAGUGUGAUGGAGGGUGGGGAGAGACCUUAGAGUCUUGCAUGUCGGGUUUAUAUGUACGAGCACCCAGGUCGCACACAGUCCAGACAGCAUGGUCUUGCCUCGCUUUGAUGUACGCCGGCUAUCCUGAUCUAAAACCCAUUCAACGAGGACUUGAUCUCAUCAGAAGUCGACAACAACCUACUGGUGAAUGGGAACAAGAGUAUCCCGUCGGAAGUGGGAUUCUUACAUGUCAUAUUCAAUACCACAACUACAUCUAUUCUUUCCCGAUCCGGGCAUUGGCGAUGUAUGAGAAGAGGUACGGAGAGGGGUUGUUCUUUAAUGAUCGGAUUAGUUGA